ACAGAACGCUGGCCAGUCGCAAUGUCUCGGGGGUACGACUUGGAUGCUGACCUGGAGGUGGAUCUCCAGGGGGGGGACAGCCAUUCGGCGGCCACCACGGUCACGCUGGAGGAUCGUCCCGGCAAGCCUCAGGUGCGAUUCUUCAGCAUUGGACCCAGCAGCUACCAGGUGCGGUGUCCAUUGUGCCACCAAAAUUCCAAAACGGAAACAGUGGAGAUGACGGGAGCUUUGGGCCAGCUCAGUUGCCUUUUGUCCGCUCUGUCCUGCUGCUUUCCCAUCUUCGCCCUGACUUUCGUCUAUUCCUGUCUCCAGAGCCGUCUAAAGUCGAAACGUGUCUUCUGCAGCCGAUGCGGUGGUCACUUGGGCUUCCACUGGCGUCCCACUUAGGACUACCACUUAGUUAGCUCUCUAAAGUCAAUGCAAAUGAUCUAUAAAUAAACCGGCAGCUGUUGUCAAAUUUUUUAAUAAGAUA